UAUUUAAAAGACGGCCAGGUAAGGGAGGGGAGUGCUCACUCCUGGCAUGCCAUCCCAUGGGACCACCCCCCUCUUGACCACAGUGGCUGGAAAAGGCCCUCGCAGCUAGGCUGCUGGGAGCUCUGUUCCCUUCCUGUGGCAGCACGCUUAUUUUCUGGGAAGGCAGAGUGGGGCGAAGGUGGUAGGGGCCUAGGGCCAUUCCUACUUCUGGUAGCAGUACCCCCCCAAGUGGACAUCCCGGCUGAAGGCAGAGCCGUGUUGCCGCCCGCUGUGCUAUGAACAGUCAGAGUGCCGUCUCCACAAGAGUUUACAAAUGAAAAUGGAGGAAAUGUCUUUGUCUGGCCUGGAUAACAGCAAACUAGAGGCCAUCGCUCAGGAGAUCUACACGGACCUGGUCGAGGAUUCUUGUUUGGGAUUCUGCUUCGAGGUACACCGGGCUGUGAAGUGUGGCUACUUCUUCCUGGAUGACACAGACCCUGAGAGCAUGAAGGACUUUGAGAUCGUGGACCAGCCAGGACUGGACAUCUUUGGACAGGUUUUCAACCAGUGGAAGAGCAAGGAGUGUGUUUGCCCCAACUGCAGCCGCAGCAUUGCCGCCUCCCGCUUCGCUCCCCACCUGGAGAAGUGCUUGGGAAUGGGUCGGAACAGCAGCCGCAUCGCCAACCGCCGGAUUGCCAACAGCAACAACAUGAACAAGUCAGAGAGUGACCAGGAGGACAAUGAUGACAUCAACGACAACGACUGGUCCUACGGCUCGGAGAAGAAAGCCAAGAAGAGGAAAUCUGACAAGCUGUGGUAUCUCCCAUUCCAGAACCCCAAUUCCCCUCGAAGAUCCAAGUCUUUAAAACACAAAAAUGGGUUCUCUGUCUGUACUUCUGCAUCAUACACCCUUCCCCUUCUUUUUUCUUCUUCAGGGGAACUUAGCAACUCGGACCCUUUUAAGUAUAACAGUUCCUCUGGGAUCAGCUAUGAGGCCCUGGGGCCAGAGGAGCUGCGCAGCCUGCUUACCACGCAAUGUGGGGUGAUUUCGGAACACACAAAGAAGAUGUGCACGAGGUCCCUGCGCUGCCCACAGCACACCGAUGAGCAGCGGCGAGCCGUGCGGGUGUAUUUCCUUGGGCCCUCAGCCAUCCUCCCAGAGGUGGAGAGCUCACUGGAUAACGACAGCUUUGACAUGACUGACAGCCAGUCCCUGAUCAGCCGGCUUCAGUGGGACGGCUCCUCCGAUCUCUCACCCUCGGAUUCCGGCUCCUCCAAGACCAGCGAGAACCAGGGAUGGGGUCUAGGUACCAAUAGCUCCGAGUCACGGAAAACCAAGAAAAAGAAAUCCCAUCUGAGCCUGGUGGGGACAGCCUCCAGCCUGGGCUCCAAUAAGAAAAAGAAGCCAAAGCCACCGGCCCCUCCAACGCCCAGCAUCUACGAUGACAUCAAUUGACUCGGGUUCCAGGGAUAGCCUAUGGCUGAGCAGAGCUCUCUCCCAGCCCCACCCAGGUGGCAGAGCCUGGCCAAUGGACAGCUGCUGGGGGUCUGGGCCUGGGAAGCUUGGUGGGCCAGGCAGGCAGAGGAUCCAAUUAUGCACCCCUGGGGGGUGGCAGGGUCCUCGGCGAAGGAGCACGGACCCUCGGCAUGCAGGACUCAGACCUGGACACGCGUCAUGCCUUGGACAUCAGUUUGGUGGGGAGGCAGUUUUCCUAUUUAUUCUGUGAGUUACUGGAUGUCUGGCUAGGCCAGGGGCCUGGCCUGGGCACUGCACCCGGGCACUGCCUGCCCCCCACCCCAGGAACUGGACUAGGCCCUGCGAAGGGGCAUUGUGGCUCCCUCAAGGCUGUGGGUCGGAAGCUGAGCCUGGAGGGGGCUUCGCCCAGCUGCCCUCAGCAAUGUGAAUGGGUCCGGUGCUUGGAGCUGAGGGGCAGGGCUGAGCCGUGUCCUGUCUGUGCAGAAUCCUACCAGAUGCCCCCAUUCCUUGGGGUAGGCAGACACAGAGUGCUGUCUGCUGAGGUUGGUGUCUGGAACCAGCCACCACCUCCCCUGCCCCUUAGAGGGGCAGCCCUUUCCCCUCAAUCCCCAUGGGCCUCCUUGGCGGCAAGAGCUGUCCUUGUGUUGUUGGGUGCCAGGAAAGCCCCCACCCCCACCCCCCAGCCUCUGCAGCUGUAAGGAAUGGGGCGGGGGAGGACAGGGAGAGGGAGCAGUGUAUCAAAAUGACUCCCCCCUGUCUUUCUUCCCUGCCCCUGGGCUGGAGAGGAGUGGGGCCCCAAGAUGAGAGGGAACGGUGCUGCUUUAUUUGAAAUGUUUUCUUACCUCAUUCCCUGCCCCAGGAAGGGGCCCAGCCUCACCCUCCUGGGGCUGCCCCAUGUUCCUCCCACCUGCCCUGCCCUCCUAGAGCAGCCUAAGUUCCCAGCUGCUGCUUGCCACCCCUCUCUUCCAUGAUCAGCUUCAGUCCCUCGCCAUGCUCCUGCCCUCUUCCCCCUGCCUUGGCCGCUUUUAAGUUAUUUAUUCCGUACUUGUGGUUUGGGCUCCGGGGAAAGCCAGACCCUGUGCCUCCCCCUCUACUUUGGAAUAGAGUGGGAAGUGGAGGGGCGUCAAUGCCUAGGGUGUUGCCCCUCUGGGGGCCAAUCAGGUCAGUGCCCGCCUGCCCGGUCUACAUCCCUGCGAUGUACCACCCACCUCACGCGGGCACCCUACUCCAGGAGCUGAGCUGGAGGACCACGGCCUAGGCUGGGAGCAGAGCUGACUGGGUGGACUUGACCAUGAGCCAUGUUCCCACCGCACUGGCUGGACGUGUCCCUGCCCUCCUCUCAGGAGGAGCCAGCCCCCAUUUGGGUAGCUAGUACCCAGGACUAGUUGGUCUGACUCGGGUUAGGGACCCUGAGAGAGGGAACAGGCAGGCCGAUGGCCAGCUGGAGCCCCAAUCUCACCCAGAUGGUUGAUUGUGGCUGGCACCUGGUUACAAAUUAGUUUUUAACCCAAGAAUUGUGAUUAUUUUUUAGGAAGCCAAACCUGUUUUGGCAGCAGGAGUUAGGGUAAGUCCCGGGGCCAAGGCUUCUUGGCUCUUGACCCUGUGUAGUCUUCUCCCUCCAGGAGAAGCCAAAGGGAGAGGCGGCUCUCAGGCAGCCUCCAGCCUGCUUCCAAAGGAAGUCUCGGGAGUGGGGUGAAGGUGGAGGGAGGAAGACCAGGGGGCCACUCUCCCCUUGGAGGCAGCUGCACCUCAGGCCCUAAUUCACCCAUUCUUUCCUCUCUGGCUUCUUCCUUUCCCCCUCCUAGUCGGAGGGAGAAGUGGGAAGUAGUUUGGGAACUGGUUUGUCUACAUCGACUUCCCCAUUGUUCCUUGGCCACCCCCCUCAGGACAGAGCCCCCUGCCCAGGCUGGGUAAGAGAUGGGCUUGGUCCAGCAGGGACCCUGAGGGAACCACCCCCUUUCCUUUUGGGGAGAGUGCCCCCCCUCUACCAUGUAGUUGAACAGGGGCUAGGAGCUCCCCACUCCCCUCCUGAACAGCAGGCUGUGUGGGUUUCAGUCCCAUCCUUCCCACCCCAGCUAGGUAUUGUCCGCCCUGUAUCCUAUCAUGUGUCUGAGUGUGUGUGGGGGGGUUCUGUACUAAUUUCCAUGGCCGGUGGCUUUUCCUCCAUGCAUCACUCCCCCCCGCAUGCCCAGGGGCCACCCGCCUGGCAUUACCGCAUGCUGGGGUCAUUGGGGGAGGGGGGUGGGGCUCACGCUGUCCUGUGGUCUUGAGAUUUUUAUUUUUGCAUAUGUAAUCCAUCCUGUACAGGUAGCUAACUUUGUAAGCGCUGUGUAUCCCCCCUGCCCCCAUGGCUGCUGGUGUAAAUAAACUGCAUCUCCCGUUGGUA